UGACUGACAGCUUAUGUCCAAAUAUGAAAAAGAAUUGAUCGAAGUGAAUGCAUGUAUAAUAAUGCGUUUACUGAUAACUCAAUCAUAAACAAAUAAACUGUUAAAAAUUUUGAUUAUUAUUUGACCAUUUUGUAGGAGUGAUAUCAAUAUAUUGCUACAACACAUUUCAUAUUUUUUUGAGGUAAUCAAAACAUAGUGAAUUUUUAAAAACACAAUGCCAACACGUGAGAUUCUUACAAUUCAGCUAGGCCACUACUCCAAUUAUGUAGGUGCACAUUUUUGGAAUAUACAAGAGUUAAGCUUUGAUUAUACUGGAACAGUAAAAACCGAAGUCAACCAUGAUAUUUUAUAUCGAGAGGGCCAAACAUCUACAGGAGAAGUUACUUACACACCAAGAUUAUUAUUGGCAGAUUUAAAAGGUUCUCUUAAAACUUUGCCAGCAACUGGUGGGCUGGAAAGUGCAACAAAUGAUGACUGUGAUCUUACAUGGUCAUCUGUAGAAAAAAUAGAAGAACCCCCGGCUUCAAAAAAUGAAUUUUUAUCUGAUAUUGAAGCUGAAAACCCUCCAGUCACCCAAGAUAAACAAUAUAUUUUAGAAGACAAUGUAAAUACUUGGACUGACUACUUGUAUCCCAGAUUCCAUUCACGGACAAUCAAUAUUAUAAAAAAUUAUCAACAUGGAGAUGAGCAUGAAGGUUUUGAUAUAGGAAACACUGGCCGCUCAAUAUGGAAAUCAGAUUAUGGGGAUGUCUUUUCAGAUAAUAUACGGAAAUAUGUAGAAGAAUGUGACAGUAUGCAAGGUUUUCAAGUGAAUUUUGAUUGUUACAAUGGUUUUUCUGGAUUAGCAAUUGGUUGUAUUGAACAUUUGGCAGAUGAAUAUUCCAAAUCAAUACUGGCAUACCCCAUAAUUCCUUCAUAUUUUAAUGAUAAUAAUCCUGUUAACCAAGAGGAAAGAGAUAUGUCAAACUUGAAAGAUUCAAUGAGGCUUGUUAAUAUUGCAAUGUCAAUUGAAGAACUAUCACAAAAUGUAACCCUUUUUGUGCCUUUAUGUACUAGUGAUAAGGGCUGGAGGAAACCUGGAAACCCUAGAUCAUUUGAACAUAUUUCUUAUAAUCCUGCAUUAUAUUAUCAUUCCUCUGCUUUGCUGGCAUCUGCAUUAGAUACCUUGAGCCAAAAGUAUAGACAUAAAAGUAAUAUUUAUACCCUGUCUGAUAUGUGUGCUGAUCUGACAGGCUAUGGGAGGAAAAUGGCCGCUGCCUCACUAAGAUUACCAUUUGCAUUCCAUGAGUCAGAAUAUCUCAUUGACUACUUGAAUACUACUACACAGCCUAUAUACACUCCAAUAACACCAAGUUGUAAGAUUGCAACUGACAAAAUAUUCCAGCUUAUAACAGUGAGAGGUAUUCCAGAAAAUUAUUUAAAAGCACCAAUGAAAGAGGCUAAGGAUCAAAUGAACAUCCCAGCCUACAGGUGUAGAGAUGUUAAAGAAAUGUUUGAGCUGUAUUUCCAAGCUAAUAACUUCUUGUCUGCAACAAAUGUAACAAUAUGUGACAAACCUUUAGAGGUGAAGAAUCCAUAUCCAAAUAUAUUUUCAGAUAAACUUAAUAAAUAUGGUUUUAUUCAAGAUGAUGCUAGGACAUCCAAUAUACAGAGUUGUCCCAUUAUAGCUGGAUACCAUAAUGGAAACUUCAUGGCGGAUAUGAUAGAAAAACUACAUAGAGAAGUUAGCAGAAUAAAAUUUGCUAAAUUACAUAAAUUUAAAGAAGAAGGAUUGGAAGCUGCCGACUACCAGGAGUGCCUUGAUAGACUUGCUGAAUUUAAGGAUAAUUACGAAGAUGAUUUUGAACUAUAACUUGUAAUUUUAUUUAUCUGUCUCAAAUAAGAAGCUUUAAGUACACAAAUAAAACAAUAUUUAU